AGAAGAUAUGAGAGAAGGUCCGAAUGCCUACCUACAUACAAGAAGCUAUUUGUCCACUCUACAGAAAUUCUCUCAAUCUGCGCCUUCAACCCCAAAGCUAGCAAAUGGCCCGCAGGCCCAAACGUCUGAGGAUAUCACUGCGACGUUAAUAAGCGAAUUGGAAAAUGAUGGUAAGGAAUUUGAAGACAAGGAGGAUAUCCUGCGCUCAAAUUUAGCAACUCUUAUUGGCAGGACACCGUCUGAUGAGGAAAUACUGCAAUUAAUGCACGCACACAAGGAUGAUAUCACAGGUGCACCUUUCACACAAAAGCGUACACCUUCUAGACCGGUUUCUAGGCCGAAUUCACGCCCCUGGACACCAACCCAAGGUCCAACGACGCCUACGUUCGGUAAAAUUACACCCUUAAUGUUAUCCCCUUCUUUAUCAACUUCUCAAAUGCAGUCUUUUCUACCUCCCGGUAUCGGUAGUCAACCUAGUUCACCCCUAGCGAGCCCUCGUCCACUCAAUAAACGGGCAGCUGAGUUCAAACCACCCGCCAGUACUAGCGAUACAGUAGAAGAGGAUGUAGGAAAUGGUAUGACACCUUUGGAUGUCCUCUGGACUAUUUUCGCUCCAUCCGGUAUAACCUACGAUGAAUUAGAAUCAACUUUAAUAGGAAACAGCUUCGAUUUCGAAUUAACACUCAAUGAAUUGUCUGAGAGGAGAAGUCUUGCUGCUAUUGCGAUGGCCCAGAAGGCCCCACCUAACAACCUCUCUCAACGUCAUCAGAAUCCAGCCGGUGGACGAGUAUGCAGAUACUAUCUCGCAGGUGAAUGUAGAAGAUCAGACUGUAGAUUCUCGCACGAUAUAGAAAGAGCACUCUGUAGAUUCUGGCUGAGGGGUAACUGCAUUAAACAAAACUGCGAUUUCCUCCAUCAGCUGCCGCCGAAACAGGAAGUCGAAAGCACAUUAUCCAACAUGUUCGAAACUAAUGCCAGUAUCAUAGCAGAAGAAGAAAAAGAAAAAGCCACUAAGGUUCAAUCUGUCGAAGAGGCUUUUCCAGGUUUGCAUAAAGCACAUUCGGCGACAUCUCAAAAGCAAUACACACCAAGAUGGUCGACAGCCGUUAAAGUCAACCAACCAAUUCAAAAUAAACCGACGAAAGCUAAUCCAGUAGAAUCACUCAAGAAAUCUAGUACAACAAAACCAAGAUCUUCGCCUCGCAUACGGUUACGCCAACCAACACUUCUGCCUACUUUACCAACUGGAUCAACAUUGAAUUCAUUAUAUAUGUCAUACCGGAAUUCAUCGAUAUCAUUAGGCACUGCUCGUAAUUCACUCCUAUCGAAAGCGGCAGAUGCCUACAGGAAAGGAGAUGGUGCAGCAGCUAAGGAAUUCAGCAAAGAAGCGCACGAAUUAAAUGAACGGAUGAUGGGCGAGAACGCUAAAGCCGCUGGUAAUCUAGUCAAAGAAAGAAGAAAAGCAAUCCAAGAAGCGAUAGUUGCAGGUGCAGGUACUGCUGGGUAUGAAGGUGAUGAGGCGGGAAGAAGGAGUAGAGGAAAGGCAUGUGGUAAUGGCUUGGGUGUAGUGUUAGGCAUGGCUGCCCGCGAAGGUUUAACAAGCGCAGACGAGAGAAUGGAAAGUGUUUUAGAUUUACACGGGUUACAUUCUAGUGAAGCGACAGAAGUACUAGAGGAGUUUUUAUUAGCUCUCGAACGCGAACACUUUUUGGGUAUUGCAUAUGUUAUUGUAGGAGAAUCUAAGCACACCGGCACGCAAGAUCCAUUGCGAGGUGCCUCGAAGCAGCGUCUCAAUGCCGGAGUUAAGGAGUUCCUUGAUAAAUGGGGAUAUCCUUUCAUUGAAAUUGACGGUAUUCUUGCAGUUGACUGUUUAACGCAUUUUUGAAUAUAAAAACUUCCGUAACAUUUGGUAUGUGACGUGCGAAACAUUAUUUAAAGCAUUCCAGAAAAGAGCUCUAAAAUGAAUAGAACUAAAAAGUGGUAUCCGCGCCUUAAAAAAAGUAAUUUAUUAAACCUCUUCUUUCUCUCCAUUUCAAUUUAUAAAUUCACACGUUGUGUUU